AUGCAGCAAGAUCCUCUUUAUGGCUACUUUGCUGCUGUUGCAGGAGCGGUAAGCAAUAGUAUUAUUCAAAUGAUUCAUAGCUGUUUUUAACACUUUAUGCUGUAGUUCAAAAUGAAAUUCAGGUUACAAAAUGUUGAAAGUUUUGAUUAAUAUAAUAUCAAUUCUGUGUAAGACCCUUCUGUGAUAUAAUUAAAUUAGUGAAUUUAUUGUGGUGUUGAAUUUUAAGCCUGGUAAAUACCCAUAUGAUAUGAAGAGUCUUGUGUUUCAGUCUCAGUAACACAGAUAACCUGUGAGCAAGCUCUCUGGGGCGCUCUGGCAGUAGGGUGGGAAAAGGAAGGAGAGCUUGCAACUACAUCUCUGUAAUUUGAAUACCACCUCCAAUUCCCCGUGGCUCCCCAUCGACUGAGCUGUCACAUUUCCGCCAAUACACAUGAAUGUAAGCAAACAUUGAAAAAGACAUGCCAAAGGUAAUGACGUCAUUGCUAAUGUCAUCUCUGCCAAUCAGCAUUUUCGCAUCAACUUUUUCAAAGCAGAAAUUCAAAUUCCAGAGAUGUAGUUGCAAGAUCUCAUUUCUUUUCUUUUUCCCGCCGCAGUGCCAGAGUGCCCCAGAGAGCUUGCUUGCAGGCUAUAGCACGGACGACUCAGAAGAAACAAUCUGAGGUGUCAAAGCUGUGACUUUCUGGUUACUUUGGUUCCUCUAUCACUGAGCCUACUGUCGACUCCCGAUAACUCGAGCCUGGUAGGGAAAUCAGAAAAAGUUCGAGUUAUCGGGAGGUUGAAGCAAAUAACGAGAAGUGAGGAAAUAAGCAAAUGGAUGGGGAGGGAAUGCAAUUAAGCACAAUUUAAGUAUACAGGGAUGGACACUGAAUUUGAACUGGAGUAACAAAAAAGUAAAGACAAAGAAUUGACACAGUUGUUUCAUGAAAGAAAUUCAAUGUUCGGGACUUCAGUACAUGGUUUUUUUCCCGACUUGUCACACACUUAUAAUUAAUGGUUCAAGUUAUCAAGGGUAAAAUUGUAUACAAAUUAAUGAUCUGAAGGGAAACAAAAAUUACUUUAAGUUAGAAGGAGGUUCAAGUUAUCGAGGGUUCGAGUUACCAGGAAUAAUUUAAUUGCAGUUAAUGUGUGAAGGAAGUCCAGGGGAAAUCGACUUUGGUUCAGCACAAGGUUUGAUUUAACGAGGGUUUGAGUUAUCAGGAGUCAAGUGUAUAUUUGCCCCAAGAACUCAAAACAUGCACGCAUGUAAAGUAAAAUUAAUAAAAUCUUUGUGUCCCCCCCCCCCCCCCCCCCCCCCCCCCAAUAAAAGUUUUGGUGCUUUACCUCUGUCCCCCGUAUUAUAAUCACAUCCGUCCUUUAUCCCCAUUUUUUUUUUUUUUUUUUUUUUUUUGUAUUUUAUUUUUUUUUAAUUUUUAUAUUUUUAAUUUAAUUUAUAUAUUAUUUUAUUCAAAUUAAAAUCUAGACUAAAAAAACUGAAUAUAUAUCGAGAAACGAAAUGAGUAGUGCAUCCCUAUUUGUCAUACAUGUAUACAGUAGUCCUGACUGUACAUCCCCUUAAUUUUUCCUUUGAUUCUUCGAAACUUAAUAAUUAUGCAUAUACAUGUACAUUACUUAAAUUACUUUAUUAUGUAAAGGAUCAGCAAAUUGAUGCCAAAGAACUGCAGGGCUGUUUAACAAGCUCAGGAAUUUCCGGAAGUUACCAUCGUAAGUAUGAUUUUAUGGAUUUCAUGCAUUGAUUUUGUUUGAUAACAUUUAUUUCUGUUGAGUCUUGGUCACACGCAAGCAGAUAUUGGCAAAAAUGUGGCCAGGUUUGUUCCUUUUUGAGCCGGGCACAGAAAUGGGAAAAGCAGUGCUGGAGAUUAGACAUAAUAUUAUUAUUUUUAGUUAUUAUCGAGAGAUAAAAAUGAAUAUGAUAUAUAAAAAUGUGCCCUAUAUUACAUGAACCACUAUAAUUAAAUAAUAAUUUUUCUAGUCUCAACAAUGUUGUUAGAAAUAUACCUAUCAAUACUCUUUCUAUUUAUUUUAUAAUGUGUUAAUUUGAAAGAGGGGCCCACACAGUACCUCAGAAAAGACUGGUGGAGGGAAGUGAUCGCCUGAAAUACAUUUGUACAACUGCAUUUGCAGGCUAACCUCAGUAGAAGAAUGCUCCAUUUUUUUUUUCUUAAAAAAAAAAAAACAGGCUAACCUCAGUAGAAAAGUGCUGGAUUUUUUUUUCUGAAAAAAAAAACAACAACAAACAAACAAACAAAGAGGUUUGCCAAAAUGUAGUUGAUUUUGUUUUACUUUAUGAAGAGUUGGAGUGUCUUUGGUUUAGUCUAGCUAUUAGGAUAUGUCAAUAUUGCCAUUUGCACUGGAUUGCAUUACUCCUGGGCUGGGUUUUCAAAGCUGGGUUACGAUAGCCCAGUGUUAGUGCCAAAUCUGAAUUCAGAUAUGAAGGCUUAAAAAGUAAUAUUUAGUUUAAUUCUUUCUGUCUACAAUUUGGUGCUUGGAUACUCUAAAAAGAAUUGGAAAAACUAUCUGACUAGGAAGAUAUAUCAAAAAAGACAAAGAACAACAACAACAAAAAAACGAAAGAAAAAGAAACCCAAAUCAGGGUGCAAAGAAAGUCAUUUUUACAGCUUGCCAUUCGGGCAAGCCGAAGCUAACAUUUACUAGCCCAAACAUCAUUUCAACUGGCCCCAAAAGGGUCUUGAUGAGCAGACUUGAUUUCACAGUUCUUCUGUAAUUUGAAUUCCAAAAAAAAUCUUCACUUGCACGUUGGGCAAGUUAAGAACAGCAUUCACUAGCCCGAUAGCAAUAUCCACUAGCCCCGGGCUAUCGGACAUGACUUUCUUUGCAUGGUGCAAAUUAAAGUCCAGGUUAGCGAUGAUUGGCCUUCGAACAACUGGGCCCUGUAUGUCUUAAAGCCUGAUACUUAAAUGAGUUCCUUGAAUAGAGAAAGUUAUCCAUGUACGGUCACACUGUAUUGUAGUACUGUUGGUUUUCCAUAUUAGUAAUAAUAAUGGCUAUUUUUCUUCCUUUUUAUGUUGUUUAAUUUCUCAGCAUUCAGCUUGGAGACUUGCAGGUUUGUAUGAUCUUUGUAUGACGACACUUAGCAAAAUGUUUUGAAAUAAAUGCAAUGAAUAUUAUUACAGGUAACUUAUGCAGUUGCAAAUAGUAAGCCUGAAAAAAUUCAGGUUUGCUGGGAUUGGAACCCUAAUCUAACCCUGAUCUCUGUGUUACUGGUGCAGCACUCUAACCAACUGAGCCGGUUUUCCGAGAUUCUCUCUGUGUUACUGUUUGAAGUUGGUUACAUUCAGAUCCGUUGCAGAAGUUACAUAUGUUUCAACUAGUGCAAAAAUGUCAAUUGUUUGAGAAUUGUAUUGUACUUAAAAAAUCAUCUGUUUUCAGCUUAUUUCCAAGAAUGCUGCUAACUGUCGGCAAUUGCAUUGCCCAUCCUUCAAACCCUAGCCCCACUUAUGAGGUCCUUGCAUGGCCAACUGAUUACUGCAUUCACCAUAUUUAUGCCACAUUGUGUGAGCAAUAAAUUAUGGCUCUCUAUUAUCUUCUAGACAGCAGCUCUAGAUAAGUGCAUAGUCAUUACUGUAUUUUUGCUGAUCGACUGCCAGAAAUAAUCUUACUUUAAUGAUCACAUCAGGUCUUUACUUAGGAUGUUUAGGGUAAUUAUUUUAUUGAUUCUACUCUUUAUUUAAUUUUACUUUUGGCAGGUUAAUGAUCACCAUGUUAGAUGUAUCCUUGAAUCAGCUAAAUUAAAUUUCUGUACACACCAUGCAAGCUCGUGUUAAAUGUCAUCAUCUGUCUCUUCACCUUGCCGCCAAUUGUGGGGUGUGGCGAAGUGAUGAAUGACAUUUUAGACUUCAUGUAAGCAUAACAAUUAUUUUGUCAUCAGGAUAAAAAUUGUCUUUGCUUGAAUACAUGUAAAUGCCUUACUAGUUGUUUAACAAUGAGAGGGAACUGGGACUUUAAUUUAAAACCAAAAAAUGUGAUACAAAACAAAAAAAAACAAAAUUGAUAAAAAGAAAACAAACACAAUAACAAAAAAAAGAAACGUAAAAAUAUGGGAAUUUAGUUCGUAUGAAACCAGUGUGAAACCACUCAUGCCAAUUAUCUAAAUGAAAAGAAAGAAAGCUUUCCAGUAGUCAAGUUGACUUCUUUUUUUCCUGCCAUUGUUUUUUAGUUUUCACAGCAAUACAUAAAUGUAUAUUGUGCGGGUAUAAUAUCAGUAGUAUAUUUCAUGUUUUGUAUACAAUUUAAAAAGGCUUUCUUAACAACUGAGUAGCGAGACUUCAGCGGCAAAAUGGGUUUCAGUGAAUUCAAGGAAUUGUGGGCAGCACUGAAUCAGUGGAAGGUAACCUUAACACUAGUCUGCUACACAGCCGUUUUUAGCGUCGUCACGCAAUGCUCCUCCCCACAAGUGGGGAGGAGCAUUGCGUGACGACCCUAAAAACGGCUGUGUAGCAGACUACCUUAACACAGAUUAUUACUGCAUUUUUUCAAAAUAUGCGCCUGGGAACUAUGUUCACACUAAACCGGGUAUCUUUUGCGCCGCCGGCACGAACACCAAACCAGAUAGGGCAAGUUCUUUACACAAAUAAGAAUAAUUGUGACUUUGGCGCGAUUUCUGUAACAGAGUGAAGCUGUUCCGCGCCGAUCUCUAGAUUGGGAAGUCACAUAUCAGAUGGGUGUUGACCAGAUAACUUUUAGUUUCGGCAUCAAAAGCUAUCUGCUGUGGUAUGAACAUAACCUUCGCACAACAGGUGGUGGUGUUAGUGGUAGUGACUUUGACGUGUUGUAGGCUUUUUUAGAAAUUUAUUUGUAAAUAAUAAAUGUAUUGUUUUCGUAGACUACAUUUAUGCAGUAUGACCGUGACAGAUCAGGAACUGUAGAACCACAUGAACUUCAUGCUGCUCUGUCUGCCUUUGGUAAGGUCCUGCGUGCCUUUUACACUUUAUAUAUACCAAAUUAACUCUUAACUCCAAUAGUCAAUCAAAAAUAAUUAAGGUUAACGUCGCAAGCUCACCGAGUAGCAAGGUUUCAGCUGAGGUUUAUUUCUUUUCUGUUGGUGCGAUUUUUUGAUAAAGCCGCAUAAUGAAUCACAGGGGCUUCUGUUUUCUGUGCAUGCGUUCUUGAAAGCUAACUGCUCUCUUCAAAAAGAGAACCUCAAAGAUCACUUAAGUUCAAGUGAAACCUUUCUUUUGCUAACACUUGAAACAUGAGCACCGCACCUUUGUGUAAUAAAUUGUAACAUUCUUAUUUGUCUUCGUCAGGUUAUCGUUUGAGCCCUAACGCCUUGAACAUCAUUGUCAAGCGAUAUUCUACCGAUAACCGAAUCACCUUUGACGAUUUCGUAGCCUGCUGUGUGCGUCUAAAGUCCUUAACAGGUAUGUGCAGGCAAAAAAUGCCUGGCUGAGUGAUCAGCUCCUCGGACUCUUCACUUUCGUAGUUUGUAGGAUGGCCCUUGGGACCUGUCGCGACACAGGUGCACGCUCGGCCGCUACGCGGCCUAAAAACCUUCUUUCGCUUGCUUUACAGCUUUUCAGGUGUGAAACUCGUUAGGUCGACUUGUAGCAAGUCUAGUCGGACUCAAAAGGGGCCUUACGAUCCGACAACGGCGACGUCCAUAAAAACAUCGUUGAAAAAUAGACUUCGCUCAUUUAACUUUUUCGCGAUUAUACCAACUCGCCCGGAUACUGAAAAGAAGGGAAUUUAUGUUAGAGCUGAAGGGAGGGGACCACCCCCGAGUUCAGACAGUGAUGCUAGAAUUUAUAGCCUUGCCGUUGCCGUUCUCAAACGAACGUAACAUUUGGCCAUUUUACGUCGCAGUUGUGCAGGGAUGGAAAAGAAAUGUACACAAAAAGCGUGAUGCACGUGCAAAGCUGUUGUUUUACUAAUUAAACCUAUUGCUUUUUUGAGGUUCUCGUUUCCGUCCCCGUUGUCGUUGCUAAAGCUCCCUGAUUUAAUAUGAACUCCUUAAAGGAAAAUAAUUCAUAAAUGAUGAUAAGUAGUGACUGGGUGAAUGUCUUAAGAUAAAUUUGCCAACCGUCCGUGCGCUUAUUUACCAAACAUCCAACGUUACUGGGCGAGCUAUUAUAAGUACAACUGAACAAGUGGGGAUAGGAGGGAGAAGAUAAGAAAACGCGGUGUUUUGCUUCAAGCGUUAGUUUUCCACACCGUCCCACCCCUCCGUUCCUGUUUUUUAUUUAUUUAUUUAUUUAUUUAUUUUUAUUUACUUAUUGACUUAUUUUAUUUGUUUGUCGUCACUCGUGUCCUACCGGCCUUAGCGCAAAGAUCUCAUAGGAUCGCUUCCUUUCAGCCAUACUUCCGUAGUCCGUUUUAUUCAGAGGUUGUCUAAAAGUAAAUCACCUCUGUAAAAUUAAACAGUUGUUUCUCUGUAGAUAAAACUCUUACCAUAGUUUUACCUUGAUGUUUCUCGUCAGAUCAAUUUAGAAGACGCGACACUGCCCAGAACGGAAUGGCGACUUUUCAGUACGAUGAUGUAAGUGUCGUCUUUGUCACUGUAACAACGUAACGUACCUUGGCAAGCUUUUACAGUCCUGUUCUUUCUUCGUAACCUUCUGAUCACAUUGGAAAUGUUGAUGAGUUAGUUGUCUCCUCCUCCUUCGGUCAGACUUUUAGUUGGUCCGAGUUUGUUCUGAUGGUAGUCUGGUUGUUUCCUUUUAGCCAAGUGGAAAAAGCCUGUAAGACGCGCGAGGAAGAGCUAAAAAAUAGCAGCAUGCCCUCGCCCUCGCUCGUCUCGUGUGCUUCUACUCGGCUAAAAAGAAACGAUAACGACUUCUGCAUAGGCUAGUCACGUGAGCUAACAGCGACUGUGAACCAUCGGGUCGUCUUCCUUACAUCUAGCCCUGACUUCUGACUAGAGAAUUCCCCGAUCAGUUUUGUUUCUUACGACUGUUGUUAUUUUCUAGUUCAUCCAGGUGUCUAUGUACUGUUAGAUGCCGACCACGGAUCCUACAAGCCUUGCUGUCAUUGGUGUCAAUCAUUUGUUUUAAACUCGUAAUUUAAAAACUAAGUUAAUUAAUAUCGGAAGUUCUUUUCUUUUUUGCGAUUACAUUUUUUAAAACUGGUCGCGAGUGUUUACAACCACUAAAGCAAGGGUUCACUGACUGAACUGAAAUUUUCGGAAAAAUAAACUUUCAAACUACGGGCAAUGUCUGGGCAGUUUGCCGUCUGAAGGAAAACAAUUGAAAGACACGUUUUAGUCUAAGAAAACUUUUUAAUACCUGUUUAAUUCUAUUAACGAAAGAUUUAACUUGUUAACGAGAGUCAAGCGAGUCUCUACCCAAAAGUACGAUUAAACUCGUCCAAAGUUUAUGUUGCCUGAACUUUCACGUCCGAACAGUUCGUUGUUGCAGAAUUUUCUUUUCUAGACAAGUUAGAUAAGGUACAAGACUUAGUGUGUAUGAAGGCUCUUAAAGAUCUAUUUUUCACAAGUUAAUAACUUUUGAAGACAAAUACGUACUUUCCUAAGUACAACCAUAACAACAGAACAGAUUCAAAUAACUGCCGUCGAGUAAGUUUUACUUAUAAAUUGUUGCUCAGUAAACCUUGCCGUAGCAAGCUGUAGUUUAUGGAAGCUUUAACAUUAUCAAGAAGCCGGUACGUGAUGACUAUGUAAAGAACUUCCUUGUCCAAAAUAUAAAUCAACUCAAGUUAUUUUAUUAAACACUUGAGAAUAAAGAUAAGCGAAAAAGGUUCAACACAACAGUUUCGAUGUCGCCUUUUUGAGUACGGAUAGAAAAGUUGCCGCCCUGGUUGCUACUCAAGAAUUGCAAUGGAAAAUUAGACUGUCUGAUUUACGAACUGCUUUUUAUUAAAGAGAAAAAACCAAGCUUAAACACGCAAUCAGAUUCCAUCCUAGCAAAACUGUUUGUAACAUAUUUUCAUCUACACGUGCAAACAUGUUACUUUUGCUCUCCAGUUUAUUUCGUCACUUUAAACCAUAUAUAUAUUAGGUCAAUUUUUAGUUUUUGUCUUUGUCACUUGAUAAUGAUGUCAUUGUGACAUCGAAACGUUGUGUUAAACUUUUUU